CUUUAACGCGUCUGAAUGCGACUGUCGCGUUUCCUGAUGCCAAUGAAGUGAAUCUUGACCAACUCAGGGCAACAACCAAAUUCUCCGUUAUGAAGCUUCAGCCAUGCCGCCAAACUUACCAAGUUACGAUCCAGCUUGUCAAACUAAACUAAACAAUUUGUAUAUUUAGUAUUGAUUCUGACGAACGAUACCGUAUACCCAAAGGCCCAUUCACCCCGCCAGGUCUCGACCGGUUUACGAAUAUCUCCUUUGCGAUUAAUGCGACGCUCCCGGCAGCCGCCAGAUGGACACCGAGAACUCUCCUUACGAGACCCUCGAGGGCCUUGUAAACCAAGAUGAUAACGCUAUUGGGCGCUCGCUAGAGUGGCUUCUGGCGGACCUCAAUGGAAACAACGGCUCUCUGCCUGCUAACGCCGAUAUGGAUACGGGACGGCAGCCAACGGCGCGUGGAAAGAUGAACGCUCGAGAUGAGGACAAGGAACAAGACAUUCCCCAAAUCGAGGACGAUGGAUCAAGCAUUUUCAGACUUUCUCAGCCUAGCUACAGGUUUGAGGUUGCGAUUCCGGAAAUGCCUAUUGAGAAGCGUAACGAGUACUCGGCCGUUCAUAGCAAUAUCGUCGAGUUCAUAUUUGGGGAGCUCCCGUCAAGUCGUGGCAUCAUCAAGUAUCAUGUUGAGUUUACAGAUGGGCGACAAGAGUUGAUAUCUACAGCUGAACUCGUUACCCUGGAGAACGGAAGAGUUGCAUUGGCCCGAUUCAGCCAAGGCCUAUGGCCACACGAACUUGACGACAUGUCUGCCGGCAAGCGAAAAUACAUCCCAGACGAUGAGUGGGAUUCUGGACAGGAGUCUGCUGUUUCUGACCGUAUGGACAUUGAUGAGGAGGGGGAGGAUGAUGACGAAGAGCCCGUUCGGAGAAAACGCUCGUCUCGAAGCGUAUCCCGACGCCUUCGCUCUAGGGAGAACACCAAGCAACUUUCCCGUAGUCCUGCUGUGGUGGUUGACGAAGAUGAUCUGGACGAUCUACAGCCAGAGCCUUUAGGGGCCACCAGAUCGUUGAGAACUCGACAGCCAAGACAACUGACUCGUGUGUCCUUUAAGAACGGCAUCAAUAGUCAAGACCAGGACGAACUGCUCGGAGAUGCCCCCCUUGUUUCGUCGGGCGAGGAAGAUGACGAUUUCAUGCCUAUGGUUGUCUCCGAUCUUGCUCCCAAGAAAGGACGUCCUACUAGGUCGCGACAAAAGUCGAAGCGUCUUAACACGGCGAGUAUGCGACAAAAGGCUCGAUCUCAAUUGCGCCAGAAGUCUCCUGACUCAGAUAUUGAGUUUGAAGCACCUCGACGUUCCUCCAGAGCCACAAGGAAUACCCUGAACAUGCGAGAUGAUGCCCAAAUGGACGAGGAUUCCUUCUAUAUUGCCGAUGACAGGAUCCCAGGCGCUCCGAAGAUUAUCUCAAUCAGAGAAGUUUUUCAACCUCUUCCUGCCGACUCAGAAUUUGCUUCGAUGCACAUGGAUACCUGUCACACUUGCGGUGGCUCACGACAACGGGGCCAAAUGAUUCACUGUCAGGGCUGCACAUUGUCUUACCACAAGAACUGCCUGGGCUACCGCAGUGCUCGCGAGCAUAUGGUUACCAAGGUCGGCCAGGACGACUUCGUCAUGCAGUGCAGGUUCUGUAUUGGCGUCCCAAACAAAAAGGAUGACAGUGCUCCCAGGCAUAGCAUGUGUCAGGCAUGCAAAUCUCCAGGUCGCAGCUGCGCUGCCUUUUCUGAAAAGAAGACAUCUCGACAGGAGGAGAAGCUUCGUGAACAGAACGAUGGCGUUGACCCAAUCACUCAGGUUCCUCUGGACCUUCUUAACAACGCUGAUGCGGUCCUCUUCCGAUGUACUUCAUGUCAUCGAGGCUGGCACGUUGAUCAUCUUCCGGGCGCUAGAGGCGGAACAAUCGGAACAGAUCUUAAGUCCGAGCGCCUGAAGGACCAUUCCAUUGACUGGCAAUGCAAAGAGUGUGCAAAUGCUAGGCACAAGAUUCAUCGACUCGUGGCAUGGCGUCCGACACCAACAGAGCUUGCCAAACGAGGCCCUCGACCAAUGUAUGCUGAGGUUCGAGAGGACGAUAAGGAAUAUCUGAUCAAGUGGGAAAGUCGAUCUUAUGCUCACUGUGACUGGAAGCCGGGUGCAUGGGUGUACGGUGUAGCAGCGUCCACGAUGCGUACUUCCUUCGGCAAAAGAGACCUUGAGCAGGAUUUGAUGAAACUCAGUGAGCAAGAGGCUAUUCCGGAUGAGUUUCUUAUGCCGGACAUAGUUCUCAACACCAGAUUGGGCCCAUCGGUUCCAAGACCAAAGACAAAAAAAGACGAGUUGGAGAACUUGGCCAACGUCAGCAAAAUCUUUGUCAAGUUUCAAGGCCUUGGUUACGACGACGUUGUGUGGGACACGCCGCCAUCAGAGGAUGCAGGCGAUAUUUAUGCCUCCUUUGUGGAGGCUUACUACGAGUAUGUUGAGGGCAAAUACUUCAAGAGUGAAUCUCAGCACAAGAUCAGAGAACGAGUCAAGGCUUACAAAGCCGAGCCGUUCGGGGAGAUCAGCGAGCAACCUGCUGGCCUCAAACGUGGAAAGCUCAUGGGAUACCAAAUCGAAGGAGUCAAUUGGUUGUUGGGGAACUACCACUCAGGUCGCAGUGUGGUUCUUGCAGAUGAGAUGGGCUUAGGAAAGACUGUCCAGGUUGUAGGUCUUGUGACUUCAUUAGUCCAAGACAGCCCUAAGUGCUGGCCUUUUCUUGUCGUUGUUCCGAAUGCUACAUGUCCGAAUUGGCGCCGUGAGUUCAAACAGUGGGUGCCAGAGCUCCGAGUGGUUGCUUAUCAUGGCGGAAGAGAACCACAGGCACUUGCUUACAAGUACGAGCUGUUCCCCAACGGAUCUACUGACAUGAAGGCACACGUUGUGAUCAUGUCCUAUGAUUCAGCACAGGACCCUGCGACAAAGGCUCUCUUCAAGUCUAUCAAUUGGGCAGGGCUUGUGGUUGACGAGGGCCAGCGCUUAAAGAACGACCAGAACCUUUUAUAUGGUGCUCUUCGCUCAAUGCGAAUUCCUUUUCGACUUCUACUUACUGGCACACCACUCCAGAACAACAAGAGGGAACUGUUCAAUCUUUUACAGUUCAUUGAUGAGAAGCAGAGUGCCGAAGAACUGGACGCAGAGUAUGCGGUUCUUGAUAAGGAGACGCUACCCAAGUUGCACAACAAGAUUCGACCAUACUUCCUCCGCCGAACCAAAGCAGGUGUUCUCAAAUUUUUGCCUCCCAUGACACAAAUCAUUCUGCCGGUCACAAUGACUGUGAUUCAAGAGAAGCUUUCGAAGAGUAUCAUGGCCAAAAAUCCCGAGCUCAUCAAGGCCAUGUUCUCUAACAGCAAGAUGAACAAGAAGGAACGUGGAUCUCUCAACAACAUUUUAAUGCAGCUGCGGAAAUGCCUCUGCCACCCUUUCAUGUACUCCGAAGCUAUUGAGGAGCGUCACCAUGAUCCCACAGUAAUUCAACGCAACCUGGUUGAGGCAUCGGCCAAGCUCCUACUUCUCCGAGUCAUGCUUCCAAAACUCCAGGAAAGGGGGCAUCGCGUGUUGAUCUUCAGCCAGUUUUUACAGCAAUUAGAUAUUAUUGAGGAUUUUCUCAAUGGCCUAGGCUACGAUUUUCGCCGUCUCGAUGGCAGUAUCAGUAGUCUAGAAAAACAACGCCGCAUUGAUGCCUUCAACGCCCCUGACUCGCCCAUCUUUGCGUUUCUGCUUUCGACAAGAGCUGGUGGUGUUGGUAUCAAUCUCGCCACUGCGGAUACAGUCAUCAUCCUCGAUCCUGAUUUUAACCCACACCAGGAUGUCCAGGCAUUGUCCCGUGCUCAUCGUAUUGGACAGAAGAAGAAGGUCCUUUGUUUCCAGCUUAUGACUGUAGACUCGGUCGAAGAAAGAAUUAUGCAAAUCGGUAAGAAGAAGAUGGCCUUGGAUCAUGCUCUGAUCGAAAGUAUGGACGACGACGAACUUGCCGGUGAUGAUCUGGAGUCAAUAUUGAAACACGGCGCCCAAGCCUUGUUUAACGAUGACUAUGAAAAGAAGUCUAUCCACUAUGAUUCUGCUGCUGUUGAUGCACUUCUAGAUCGAACAGACGACACAGAAAGCAAACCUGAUGAUGGGGCAUCGUUCUCUUACGCCAAGGUAUGGUCCAACGAUAAGUCCGGCUUCGACGCUGGACUUGCUACCGAAGAGACGGCCGAGCCAGAAGCUAUCAACUCAAGCGUCUGGGAUCGUAUCCUGGCUCAACGUGAGGCAGAAGCACAGCGUCAAGCUGAAGUAAAUCGGGAGGUUCUCGGUCGCGGUGGUCGACGUCGACAGGCUAUUAACUACAAGACGAACGCCCUAGAUAACCCUAUCCCUGGCGAUGCCGAAGCUGAGCCGUCAGACUCCUCUGAUGACUUUGCUGGCGGUGACUCUGGAGAAGAGUCUGAGGAGGAAGAUCCGUCACUGGCAAAAGGUAAACGCCAAAAGAUUCCAUCUGUUAAACAAACAACCCCGCCCACGACACCAGUGAAAAAUACAAGCCGCAAAAGUAAAAUUAACAAGACUGCAACACAGACGCCGAAGCAAACCUCCAAGCAUCGAACGCCCGGAACGCCAGACGGCAGCAAGUCAUUGGCGAACAGCAAAAAGCCAGUCGCAGGAGCCAGCAAGAAACACCAAGCAACCACACCAAACAGCAAAAGCAGCAGCCAACGUGGCAAAUCAGGAACACACAAAACCCCAUGCAAAACUCCUACCGUCAAGGGAGUGGCCCAGUAAAUACCGGAAUGCCCAUUGACUUCACACGAUAUAUCAAGGGUAAUUACCUCUACCAGGGCAAAUCUACAGACCCUGUACCACCAGAGCGGGUGAUUCCCACCCAACCCCAUGCUCCUAAUAACCAAAUAGUUGAUUACAGAAACAUUCGCCUCCGCUCAGAAGCCGAAGUUAGAGUAGCCCUUGAUUGGGUCCAACGUUCGGAACCUGAAACUGAGGUCAGGAAACAAUACAAGGCGGUUCUGCUAAGCCGUCUAAGGUCGUUUACCGCUAAGGACGGGACGCAGUACAAAUGAUGUUACUUUGGACAUAAAGAAAACGUGGUUGCUCAGCGCAAGCAGCCGCGCUAAUACAAUAAUUCCCCCACAUUUGGUGUGAAUGAAAGGUGGACAACAAGUCCUUUGCUUUGCUAGACAUUUUGAUUUAUGCUUAUUUGCAUGCCAGGCGGCAUCAUGCACGCGGAGCUGGGUACCCAGUGAAGGAGGACGGCAAGCUGACAAGCAAGCAACCUUGGAAGCUGGCGACAUGACCAACGUCCUCAGUAUAGGGAGGCAAGAUGAUAGACAGCAUAGCACAGACGAAGGACCUUGGAAUGAAGACUUUCAUGAAUGCACACAUGAGCCUUGUUCCUC